CUGGGGUGUCCUUGCCUGUUUUUGUAAACAUAAUUGAAGAGUUUUUUUUAACCUCCCGCCUCUAAAAUGAGCUUACCAAUGUCAUCCCCUGUAUCAUUUCUGUUUGCCUCGUCAAAUUCAUUUCUUUUCCUCUGUGUCCAUUUAAUUGAACCAGUUUGUAAAAAAAAACAACACGUAAUUAGCAUUUAAAUCUCUUUCCUACAGUCUCUUGCCCUCCCUACAUCACUCUCUCUCCCCCCACUUACUCUAGCAGACUCUACAUGUCUCAGUCGCUACGGCAACCGAUGCUUUUUUUUCUCCUCUCACUUGCUCUCUGUAUCUCCCCCUUUCUCUCUGUCUCCCUCUCUCAUUCCCUCUCUCCACUGCCAGAGGUAGGCAUGAUAACUGAUAUGUGUCGGAGUGCGUGUGUGUGUCUGUGUCCGUCUCCCGGUGUGCUCGUGCGUCUCUUAAGUGACAUUUCUGUGGCAUUUAGGCAGUAGUUUUGUAGAUGGGAAGUUGCCUCUCUCUGCUCAAAGUGCCAUAUAGAGUAUUGGCUCCAUGCAUGACGCUUCUAAUGAUGAUUAAUGCGCUGUGCUGCUCAGGUGUGUGCACUGUAAAUGUGUGUGAGAGAGCAUGUACUUCUGGGUGUUUUUGAAUGCAUAUGUGGAUUCUGGAUAAACAUGUGGCGCAUAAUUGAGUGUUAAAUUUAAAAGCCUGGGGGAGUCCGUGAAUGAUUUUUUUUUUUUUUUUUUUUUAAUGACAGAGUUGGAUUUCUGCCAAUACUGGCGUCUAUGUUUACAUGGUUUUUAUCUGGCAACAUAAAAGAAGAGAAAAAAAAAGCUGGACCCUCCCCUUUCUCUCCCUCUCUAUCUCUCUCCUGCCCCUCUGUCCUAUCUUACAGAGAGAGAUGAUCGGAGGAGCGGAGUCUCAGUGAACAGAGCGAAGCGAUGGAGAGAUGCUCCAUCUCUCCUGUCGCACGACUGACCGCCCUCCGCUGCCUCCUCCUGGUUGUUCUGGUGACACAGCCCUCCACCUGUAACCGUGACGACAGUGAGGGCGAGGAGCAGGUGGACGCCCUGUCUGUCCAGCUGUCUGUCACAGCCCAGGUCACACCUACGCCUCUGUGGGCAGUGGUCUGGGGUCCCACGCAGCCUUUAGAGGACGAGACCUACCACUUCCUCUCCAGCCAGGAAACGGACCCCCUGCAUCAGCAUGGGAACCAGCUGGAGGCCAGCACCGCCAAGUCAGACUGGCCCGCCAGCGUGCAGCCGCGAGAGGAGGCACCGCUGGAGUCUAAGGACCAGGAGGGAGUGGAGGAUGGAGGGACGGAGGCGGAGGAGACAGAGCCGGAGGAAGUGGACCCUCAGUUCUACGUCACCGUGACCAUCUCCUCGCUGCUCAUCCUGAUGGCAAUCGUCAUUACGGCCAAACUCUGGGAUUUCUUUCUUUCUUUCUCUCUCUGAAUACCUGUGUUCCCCGUCUUCCUCCAUGUUCUUCGCUUACUCCCAGUUAUCAUCGCCGCCUUGCUCCAACACUGCCUGUCUUUGCACAGCUGGUGCUCCUCUUAUCUCCCUCACCAGUCUCCUAUCUCUCCCAGCACCGCCAGUCCGACUGCUGAUCCACAGAUAAUCCUCCAGCAUGCCGUGAGCUGAUACAUGAUAAAUCCCCCUUUUCUCUCUGUUCCUGAGACCGGCCUUCGCUGUUGUUUCGAUAACUUACUCCACCUG